GGUAUCAAACAGUAGCAGCGUUCCGUCUCCACUGCGACAGUAGAGGAGGUUUGGAGUUGUUUAAUUCCACUAUGGAGACGAUAAUACAGUAAAGUUACUGGUAUUUUAAAUCUUUUAUUAGCAGUAAUAGUCGCUUUUUAAGACGUUUCCACCAGGGUAAAUGAACGUAAACAUUUAAAACAGCCGAGCUGUGACCACACGUGGUGACGUCGGAGGGUUUUUAGAUAUUUUUACUUUUAUUUCAUUUAAAAAACAACAAAAAGGAAACUUUAAAGGGAUAAAGGAGCUCUGUGGAAAUGUCCGGGCACAAGAAGAAAAACGGAAUACCUGACAGAUGGCUGGACUACAAAGCUGUUGGAAAAAGGCUUCAUGGGACGCGUUUCAUCGCCUUCAAAGUUCCUCUCAAGCAGUCCUUGAUCUGUCAGCUGCCCUCCCGGGACGUGUUUGGACCCUGGGAGCUGCUCGACGCUCUGAGUGAAGAAAACCAGGAGCUGGGUUUGAUCAUCGACCUCACGUUCACCACACGAUACUACAAACUACAGGAUUUACCGGAGUCUCUGAUGUUUGUAAAAAUCUUGACGGCCGGUCACGAGGUUCCCAGCGACAAAACCAUCCUGAGCUUCAAACGGGCCGUCCGGAACUUUCUGAGAGAAAACGCAGACAACGACAAGCUGAUCGGAGUCCACUGCACCCAUGGUCUGAACCGUACAGGAUACCUGAUCUGCAGGUAUCUGAUCGACGUCGACGGCAUGGAUCCUAAAGAGGCCGUGCAGCUGUUCAACUCUUCGAGGGGCCACGACAUAGAGCGUCAGAACUACCUGGAGGAUCUUCAGAGUGGACCAAAGAGGAGUAAUGAUGGGAUGGAGGAGUCCGAGCAGGAGCCAAUGAAAGGCCUCGCUUCACAUCGACCGUUAGAUUCAGACGGCCAAGACGAGGGACGACCUCACCCCGAGUCCCAACGCCUCGCUUCCCGUCGACCGUUAGAUUCAGACGACCAAGAUGAGAGACCGCCUCACUUCAAGUCCCGACGCCUCGCUUCACGUCGACCGUUAGAUCCAGGCGGCCAAGACGAGAGACGGCCUCACUCCGAGUCCCGGCGCCACAGAAAUAGAAAGAAGAGAGAAAGAAACCCUCGCUCAACCUCUAACGGCCUCCUCCCCUACCCUCCUCCUCCUUUCUGUCCACCAAUGGGAGCCAGUUUCAACCCGUAUCAAUGGACGGCGCCUCAUCUCGACAGCCAGUGGAGCAGACCCCCCCAGUUCGAGGAGAGCAGGCCCAGGUAUCCCGACCGGGAUUGGGAGCGGAGGUCCUCGUCCCACUGGCAGCAGGACAGUUGGAAAGCUCCUCCCCCUCCUCCUGUCCUUCCACAGUACUCCCCGCUUUGGGCUAACGAGUCCAACGGGCAUGACGGGCGUAAGGAAGAGGAGUGGGACGCUCCGAGGAGCAGGCAUCACUACAGACAAGCACACAGAGGCAGAGACCCCCCAUACGGGGGUUUAUAGAGAGAGGAUGCUGGGACACGCUCUGGAGGAAGAUGGAUCUGGAUUUGAUGACUUAGAGGUUAAAAAUGCUGGAGAUGUGUUCAUCCUACUGCAGCAUCAUCAUGGAUGGAUCAGAGUUUUCUCACUAAAAGUUUCUGUUUUUGUCAGACUUUUAGGAGCAUUUAAACCAAGCAGCUUCCUUCAGUUCUCCUGGGUUUAGGAAAGUUGGGAAUGGUUCCAUAAACAGAACCGUACUGUCCUGCUUUGUCCUAAAACUCACAGACAGCUCAGAGGAAAAGUCCAGAGUCCCCUAAAUACUGUGGUAUAAAACAUUUAACUGUUUUAUUUUUCUUUUCAAUCCAUAAAAAGUUCCUUUUUCUGUGGUUAGGUCUUCAGUGUGCCUGUAAAAGCAGGCCUGUAUCCUCUGUAAGUCAGUUACCUUUGGUUUAAGAGAGCAGAAAGAUCCAAAAAUGACAUAAAUAGUUUUAAAUGCACAUUUUUGAUGUCAUAAAAAGGGUGUGAUUAAUUGUGAUUAACUACAGAAAUCCUGCAAAAGUAAACAUGGAAAUCUUUUGACGCCCUGAUCAAUUUGAACUGUUUUCGUUGUCAAAAUCCCAAAAUAGUCGGCCUACAGACACUCGCUCUACGUAUAAAUACUCAUUAUCACGACAGCGUGUUAGGGCCACUAAAAAAUAAAACAAACAAACAGGAUCUGUUCAUUUUUAUGUUUAAAAGUUGCAUAUUUUGCCCCUUAAGAUAAGUUUAUAUCCGUCUCAGAGGUCCCUAAAACAUGCCUGUGAAGUUGUUUCUGAAAAAACACUCCAGUAUUGGAUGUCUGCAUGUCUAAAAACCCACGAGCUGUUUCUGUGUCUGUGGCUUUAAAUGUUAAUGAGCUGUCUGACUCCGCCCUCUGACCACGCCCCUCUCAGGAAAUGGAUGUGGCUCUCCUGAUCCUGAGAGGAGGGAGAACUUUCUUACAAGUUUGGAGGGCCAACUGAGCCUGGGGGCGGGGCUAUCUCCCCACAUCCACAUGACAUCAUGAGGGGAAAAUAAGAGAACUUGUUUCAGCUCACAUUUUCUGAAAGGUGGAUUAAGAGAGGGAAUGGAUUUUCUGGAUUCUUGGGGCACAUUUUUUGCUGGAAAAGUGUAUUUUGCAUAAUAUAUGACCUUGAAAAGAAUUAAAGAUUCAGGAGAUUUUUUUUUUUUUUUUAACUCUAACAUUUUGAGAUAGUAAAGUAAAAAAAAGUAAAAAAAAUUCAGUCACUGUUUCAGUUUGGUUUCUUGUGCAUUUUUGACUUUACACUGUUGUAAAUGACAGUUUUAAUAGCUUUAAAUUUUAGUGUUUCUAAAGUCAGAAUUUAACACUUUUAAAAGUCUGAAUUCUGAGUUUUCUUGUAAAUAAUCUUAAAGGCUCAGAAAUACACCCCUCAAAAAAAAAAUACGCAUUUGCUAAUAAAUUGACAUAUUUUUGUUGAUA